GAAUCGUCUCAAUGGGGAAGAUUCAAGUUUUUCACUGAUUCUAUGGUCACUCACGAGGCCAAUGGUUGUGAGGGAAUGCGCUCUAAAUUUGUAAAGAAUGGUCGACUCGACAAUACUAUUGACCAGAAGUUCCGCAAAAUCAACGACAACUGGCCAGGUUUUGGUUACGCCCGCACUAUGACUGCCCGGCCAUUGAAUGGUAGAGCUCCCAGUGUUGGAUACUAUGGUAUGGCACACGUCAGACAACCUGCUAUUGAAUACACGGACUCCCAGUUGAAUCAACUCUGGGAAAGCUAUUUCAGUGGCGAUGACAAUAAAAUGGUGCAAUUUGUCUACGAGGACAGGGAGGACGCCCUUAAACGUGCCAAUGCUCUCGAUAGUAAGAUCGUAGGCGACGCUAAAAGGAUUGGAGGGGAUAGUUAUGUGAAAGUAGUUUCGGCAGCACUUAGACAGGUAUGUAUUCAUUAAAUGCU